AGUCUUUGUUAGACUCAUUUAUUUGAGAGUUUUCAUUUUUUGUUAUUGAAAGAAGAAAAGCAAACAAACAAAGCUGUCGCCGGAGAUGGAAAAAAAGUCGCCGGAAAGUGACGUGGCAGGGCUGAAUUUGAAGGAGACGGAGCUGACUUUGGGAUUACCGGGCGAGUCUCGGAAUCAGAAAUCCGGUACAAAACGCGGGUUUUCGAAGAGGGUCGAUGAUGAUCGGUAUUUGAACCUUGGGAGCUCCGGUGGUGGUGUCGAGUUGGGUUCGGAUAAAAAUUGUGAGGAUGAUCAAUCGGAAAAUGAUGUGUCUCAGGCAACUAAACCUUCAACAGCCAAGGCACAAGUAGUAGGGUGGCCACCAGUGAGAUCAUUUAGGAAGAACAUGAUGACAACAACCACCAUGGCUACGACCACAACCAAGACAGCCAGUAAGUACGUGAAGGUGGCGGUGGACGGAGCUCCUUAUCUCAGAAAGGUUGAUUUGGAGAUGCAUAGUAGCUAUGAGCAGCUCUUGACUGCCCUAGAGGACAUGUUCACCUGCUUCACCAUCCGUAAUUACCUGAAUCAGAGGAAGCUUAUGGACACUGUAAAUGGGUCUGAAUAUGUACCAACUUAUGAAGACAAAGAUGGUGACUGGAUGCUUGUUGGUGAUGUCCCCUGGAAAAUGUUUGUUGAAUCAUGCAAGCGUUUAAGGUUGAUGAAAAGCUCCGAGGCAAUUGGCUUAGCUCCAAGGACACCUACAAAAUGCUCAAGCACAAGUUGUUGAAGAAACCUUUAUUACUUGGCAUAUUUGGAUUAUUAAUAAUAAAUUGCAUUGUACAUAGAGGUUUUUGUUUUCCCCUUUUGAGGAGAUUUUAGACAUAUAUAGAGAUGAUAAGGAGCAAUAGAGAGAGAUUUGCCUUUUGUUCAAGUUUGAUAUAUAUAUAAAAUAUUUGUUCUUUUUUUUUUUAUAUAUAAUAUUUGUUUGUAAUUUUA